AUGCAGCGGCUCCUGCAGCAACUGGCCACCCUCCAGAAAGCCUAUUUCCCCGCGACCAGGCCAAUCCAACGAACCCCUGGCGGCAUGGACAUUGUCCUCAACGGGUUCCCCGGCACGGGUAAGUGUACCAUCCUCGAGCAGCUCAAAGCGCUCCUGCCCGCCGACGACACAUCUCCGCUCCUACUACACAACCACCUCCUAAUCGACCCCGCGGCAGCGCUCUACCCCGACCGAAGCGAGGACCACCACAUGCUCCGGCGGAGGAUCCGAGAGGUGGUCUUCCCGUGCAUCAGAAGGCUUGUAGAAGAGGGCCACAUCGUCCUCAUGACGGCGUGCCUGGCCGCCGACGACGCCAGGGACGCCGCCUUCUUCCAGGAGCACCUCGGCCUGGUGCGCGGGACCGGGGUGCCACUUUACUGGAUCACCGCGUACUGCGAGCAGACGCGCCUGAUGCAGCGCGUCCAGAGUCACGGGCGUGUCCACUCGGGCAAGACGAAGCUCACGGACCCGUCGACGCUGCAGAAGCUGGUGGACACACACCGCCUGAUCGAGCCGGAAGAGUCAGAUGUCGACUCGUCGACGAAGCUGGUCGUCAGGUCUUUGGACGUGAACGGGGAGAUCGACGAGUCCGUCGAUCGUCUGAUGGCCAUUGUUGGUCUUCCGAGGAGGGUUUCUGCAGGGUGA